CCGCGUGGCUAACCGCAGACUAUUCCGCAACAUGCACUACGCCGAGCCACCUGUCAAGCGCUUACAACGCGUGUUGACCGCGACCGACAAUUGUGACUCGAGUCGGAAUCAGAUUCACAUGUGGAGCCCACGAUGCGAGAGGUUGGUUUCUCACGACGGAAGGUUGUCCACGUCGCACCCUGCACGCGUUCGAGUAACGCCACGACCAGGUCAGCCGCACUCACGCCGUCACCGCUUUCCACUUGACGGCCGCCUUCCUCCCGUCGUUCCAAACGCGCCUCCAGGGAGACCGCGCCGUCCCACCUAAUCACGCCGCGUGCCACGUCGCCCCAUCGUUGCCCAUUCCGCAAGUCCCACCGCUCCUUCCUCUCUCCUUCUCUCUCCGCCUCUGUAUAUAACGAUCUCCCGCCGUGUCUUCCGACCACUCUCAUCCCUCCCUCUCGAUCCAAGGAAGAAGGGAUACACACUCUGCGAUGGCUCCGAGGGCGAAGGCUUGCAACCCCGGUGGCGAGGGAUGCGGCGGCGGAGACUGGAAGGGGAUGCACUACCGGGGCGUCCGGAAGCGGCCAUGGGGCCGGUACGCGGCGGAGAUCCGGGACCCGGCCAAGAAGUGCCGCGUGUGGCUCGGCACCUUCGACACCGCCGAGGAGGCCGCCCGCGCCUACGACGCCGCCGCCUGCCGAUUCCGUGGCCCCAAAGCCAAGACCAACUUUCCCUGUCCCGCCGAAUCCCUCGCCUGCGCCACCGGAUUAGCGGCCGGAACGGCGGCGCCAGCCAGCCCCAGCAACAGCACCAUCGAGUCGUCCACCUCCUCGAGGCGGCCCGCCGUCGGUCCCUCGCCGCUAAAUCUCGCGCUGCGGCGGUCGUCCUCCCUGUCCCCCUUCCCGCACUCGGACCUGAUCGCUGCUGCCAAGAAAUCGGCGGCGGUUAGGGAUUUCAGAGGGCCGGCUUGUAGCGGGGUGGAGAGCGACUCAGACUCGUCCUCGGUGGUGGAUUGUCCUCGCUCCCCAACAUCCGUCUGGCCGACGGACGCGAUUCGCUUCGAUUUGGAUCUCAACCUGCCGCCUCCGCCGGAGUUCGCGUGAUCGAAAGUGACAUGAAUCGUAGUCCUCCUUUCGAAACGUCUGUAGAUAACCAUUCUCUGUAGUUCCCACAUGUGACAAGUCAACCUCUCACACACUCCUUCCGUGCUUCGUUGCCUCCACUUGCACACGGUUGCGUCGUCGUCGUCGUCCUUCCUGUCGUCUCCUUGGCCGCCUCCUGCAUCCUCUGCGCCGUCCCGACCACCUUCUCUCAUCGACUCUGCCUUGUUUGAUUGCUUUGCCUUCUUCACGAACGACUCCAUCGAGUCCUUCGCUUCGUCUGAGGCGACAACGGAACACCUCAAAGUUGGGAUGUGUACUAAAUCUGACAAGUCACGAGAUGCGAUCGCAAAGCCCAAUAAAUAAUGCUUAUGCUAAGAAGCUAUUAUUUCA